AUGUCGAAAGUAAACCCGGAACUUGAUGAAGUGACAAGAGAAAAAUUGGCCGAGAAAUUUCUUGAUCCAAGCACUUUUCUUGGAGCCGGAUCUUAUGCCCGUGUUUAUCGAGCGAUUCGAACUUAUGAUAAAGAACAAGUUGCGCUGAAAAUGAUUGACACUCGAGAGAAAUCCGAAUAUGUGCGCAAAUUUCUGCCUCGUGAAGUAUCCAUUGUGCUUCUUUUACGCCAUCCACACAUUGUUCGCGUUGAUCGAGUCUUUGAAAUUCCCAACUACACGUGUAUGGUGACCGAACUUUGCGAAAAUGGGGAUCUUUUGGAACGGAUCAAGAAAAUGCGGUACAUUCCCGAAACGGAUGCCAAAUUUUACUUUCGACAAAUGAUUGAAGCUCUCAAGUAUCUCCAAGACGUUUCGGUGGUUCAUCGUGAUUUGAAAUGCGAGAAUAUUCUUCUCGAUCGCUUCGAUAAUGUGAAAUUGGCCGAUUUUGGAUUUGCUCGUUUUCUCAACCAAGGACAGGCAUCGAGCACAUUUUGCGGCUCUCGUGUCUACGUAGCUCCCGAAGUUCUUCGCGCAAAACAGUACACGGACAAUGCGAUUGAUAUUUGGAGUGUGGGCAUCGUUUUGUACAUUAUGGUCACCGGCGUAAUGCCCUAUGAUGAUCGAAAUUUGCGCAAAAUGGUCGAACAACAAAUGGCGCACAAGAUACGAUUUCCUCGAAUGGAAUUAUCGUGGGAGGUGAAACGUCUCAUUCACGACACAUUGCAUCCGAUUCCGAAAGAACGCCUCGAUUAUGAGGAAAUUUGUGCUUCCGAUUGGCUCUCUGCCACUCCAUAUCGCAUUCGAACGGUUGAUGACUGUUCUACGGCCUACUCGAUUGAUGGAGAA